CUAUGCAAAUGCCCCCACGACUUCUGCAUCAUUCUUGCGUCCGCGGUCGACGGGCUGGGCUGCUUGCACAAUUGGAUACUAUACUGGCGCACCAAGCGAUCUGGCAGCCCAACGACACAUCACAGCAUUCAACAAUUACUUGCUCCGAAACCGUUUCCUUGAUUACGGGAACAUAUCAGUACUCACCGCGAAAAGAAGAAUUCUCUUGCGCUUCCAGGUUACUCGCCACGGAACACAAUCGGCAUCAAAUUUAUUUUGAGUAGUACAUAGUAAUCAUGCAGCUUUGCUCGAGCGGCCCUGCGGCUGCAGGGGCUGGCCACAAAAGCGAAUGCAAUCGUCAGCGCCUUGGCGGUCCUCGACUGCUGGUCAUGCCGCGCGCGAUCCAGGCUGGUGCUCCUACAAAUCCUCUAAGCAAGCGCUGGGGCGCGGGCUGGAGAUGGCCAGCAGGCCGGUGGUUGCCCCCCGCCGCGUCGACUGGUGGCGAAGGCCCUGCUUGCACCCCCCCGCCCACCGCACCGGGAUCGCUUCCCAUCCUUGAGGACCUGCCAAAGAUGGACCUGCGGCGAGCCUUCAUGUCGCACCACCAGCUGCUCAACGAGGCCGGACAGCGCCUGCUGCUGGUGCGCUACCUGGGCAAGCGCAAGCUGCUGCUGCGCGAGCCGGACGACGUGGCGGCGGUGCUGGCGCGGCCCGGCGAGGACGCCUUCCGCAAGCACCCGCGCCAGCAGCGCGUCAGCGCAUUCCUGGGAGCCGGCCUGGCCACGCAGCCCGACCGCCAGCGCCACGCCGCCCAGCGCGACGCCCUGGCGCCCGCCUUCCGGCCCGACGCCGUGCGGCAGCUGGACGCCGUCAUGGCGGCGGCGGCGGAGCGGCUGGCGGAGGCGCUGAUGGCGGCGGCGGAGGCGGAGGCGGAGGAGGCGGAGGCAGUGGCCGCCGCUUCCGGCAGUAGCAGCGGAGCUGCGGGCGCGGCUGCAGGUGCGGGUGCGGGUGCUGCAGCCGGGGAGCUGCAGGUUGAGAUGCAGGACCUGCUGAAGCGGCACUCGCUGGACCUGUUGGGGCUGGCGGCGCUGAGGUCGGACAUGGGGGCGCUGCGCCGCUCGCCGGUGAUGGCGGCGGCGGGCGGCGCCGCUGCAGCAGCAGCAGCAGCCAGGCUGCCGCCGGCGGCGGCGACCAAGGAGGCGGGCAAGGCCGGCGCCGGGGCGGCAGGCGUCGCCAAGGCGGCGGCGGACACGGCGCGCACGGCGGCGUUUGCGGCGGUGGCGGCGGUGGAGGAGCUGGUGAAUGGGUACGUGAGCCCGGGGGAGCUGGCGCUGCUGAAUGCGGAGUUCGAUGUGGUGGCGGCGGCGGGUGCGCGGCCGAUGGCGGGGGGCAGCGGCGCCGCAGCCGCGUCUGCGGCGAAGAAGGCGACGGAGGUGGCGAAAGCGGCGGCGCUGGCGUCAGCGGCGGCGGUGGAGGAGCUGGUGAGCGGGACGGUGAAUGAGGGCGAGCUGGCGCUGCUGAAUGCGGAGCUGCAGCCCGCCGGCGCCGCCACCUCGCGCGCCGCCGCCGCCAGUGCCGCCGCCGCGGCGGCGCGCGCCGCCGCCGUCGCGGCCGCCGCCGCCGUUGAGGAGCUGGUGACGGGCUACGUGCCGCCUGACGAGGUGCGGCUCAUGUCGGCGCAGCUCGAGUCUGCCGCCAGCAGUGGCAGCAGCAGCAGCGGCGGCAGUGGCAGUGGCAGCGCCGCUGCCAAGAAGGGCGAGCCGCCGCUGGCGGCGGCGAUUGCCGCCGCCAGGUCAGCCGCGGCGGCGGCGCGGCAGGCGGCGGCGGACGCCGCCGCCGCCGUCGGCAAGUUGGUGGUGGAGUACGCGGCCGUGGACACGACGAUCGAGUCGGCCGUGAUCAACAAGCCGGUGGCGUCGGCGGCCGCCGCCAGCAAGAUGGCGGCGGCGGCGGCGCGCACGGCGGCGGUGGUGUCGGCGGCGGCGGCGGAGGAGCUGGUGGGCGGGUACGUGGGCCCGGAGGACAUCACCGCCCUCGACGCGCAGCUGCAGCCGGCGGCCAUGGCCCGGAGCGCGGCGGAGGCGGCCAGGGCGGCGGCCGCCGCGGCGCGCACCGCCGCCGUUGCGUCGGCGGCGGCGGUGGAGGAGCUGGUGACGGGGUACGUCGGGGAGGGCGACCUGGCCCUGAUUGAGGCGGAAGUGGACAGCGUGGUGCCGGCGGCGGCAGUGGCAGCGGCGGCGGCGGCGGGCGGGGCCAGUGGCGGCGGCGGUGCGGGCGGCAGGACGCUUGCGUCAGCCGCGUCGGCGCGUGUCGCGGCGGACGCGGCGCGCACUGCGGCGCUUGCGGCUGCGGCUGCGGUGGAGGAGCUGGUGAGCGGGUACGUGGCCCCCGGGGAGCUGGCGCUGCUGGAGGCGCAGCUCAAGCAGGCGGGCGGCGGCGGCGGCCCGUCCGGGACAGCCCUCGCCGCCAAGACCGCGGCGGCCAGGGGCGCGGUGGCGGCGGCGCGGGCCGCCGCGCUGACGGCCGCUGCCGCGGUUGAGGAGCUGGUGACGGGCUAUGUCGGGGAGGGCGACCUGGCCCUGAUUGAGGCGCAGCUGCGCAGCGGCGACGGCGCCGCCGCCUCGCCGCGCAGCGGCGCCCUGGCGUCCGCCGCCGCCGCCAAGGCCGCCGCCGAGGCCGCCCGCGCCGCCGCACUCGCCUCCGCCGCGGCGGUGGAGGAGCUGGUGAGCGGGUACGCGGGCGCCGGGGAGCUGGCGCUGGUGGGCGCGGAGGUGUUGGCGGUGGAGGCCCAGGUGGCGGCGGCGGCGCGCGCCGCCGCCGAGACCGCCAGCGCCGCCGCCGCCUCGUCGGCCCAGGCGCUGGAGCAGCUGCUCACCAGCUACGUCGUGGCUGGGGAUCUCGCAGUGCUGGCGGCGGGGCUGGCGCCGCCGGAGCGACAGGCGCUACAGCCGGCGGCGGCGGCGGCAGUGCCGUCGGGCCCGGCAGCCGCCGCCAAGGCGGCGGCGGACGCGGCGCGCCGGGCUGCGGUGGCGGCCGUGGCGGCGGUGGAGGAGCUGGUGAACGGCUACGUCACGCCAGGGGAGCUGGAGCUGCUAGACGCGCAGCUGGGUGGCGGUGGUGGUGGUGGUAAGGCGGCCUCGGCCAGGGCGGCGGCGGACGCGGCGCGCAGUGCGGCGCUUGUGGCGGCGGCUGCGGUGGAGGAGCUGGUGAGCGGGACCGUGGCCCCCGGGGAGCUGGCGCUGCUGGAGGCGCAGCUGUCGGCGAGCAGUGGGAACGCGGUGGAGGCGGCCAGGGCUGCGGCCGCCGCGGCGCGCACCGCCGCCGUCGCGUCGGCUGCGGCGGUGGAGGAGCUGGCGACGGGGGCUGUGGGAGAUGGCGACAUAGCGCUGCUGCAGGCGCAGAUGUCCGCCUCCGGUGCCGAUGCGUCCAAGGCAGCUGCCGCCAAGGCGGCUGCGGAGGCGGCCCGCGCAGCCGCCCUGACCUCGGCAGCGGCUGUGGAGGAGCUGGUGAGCGGGUACGCGGGCGCAGGGGAGCUGGCGCUGCUUGAUGCGCAGCUCUCGGCGGGCGGGGGGAAGGCGGCGCCGGGCACAACUGCCUCCAAGGCGGCAGCGGCGCAGGCGGCGGCGGCGGCCGCGCGGACAGCCGCACUGACGGCGGCGGCGGCGGUGGAGGAGCUGGUGUCUGGGUCUGUGGCUCCAGGAGAGCUGGCGCUGCUUGACGCGCAGCUGCGUAGCGGCGGCGGUGGCGGCGGCGGUGCGUCCAGCAGCACGGGCACGGGCAGUGGCUCAGCCGCUGCCGCCGCCGCCGCCAAGGCGUCGGCAGAUGCGGCGCGCGGUGCCGCCCUCGCUGCGGCCGCGGCGGUGGAGGAGCUGGUGAAUGGGUACGUGAGCGCAGGGGAGCUGGCGCUGCUGGAGGCGCAGCUGGGCAGUGCGGGGCCCGCGCCUGACGCCGCCACCGCCUCCGCUGCCAAGGCCGUUGCGGCGAAGAGCGCGGCAGGGGCGGCACGUGCGGCCGCGCUGGCGGCGGCGGCUGCAGUCGAAGAGCUUGUGAGCGGGUAUGCAGGAGCGGGCGAACUCGCGCUGGUCGACGCACAGAUCUCGGCUUCGGACUCGGCUGCCGGCAAAGCGGCGGCGGCGAAGGGUGCGGCGGCAGCGGCGCGCACGGCAGCGCUCACAGCUGCGGCGGCUGUUGAGGAGCUGGUCAACGGAUACGUCAGCCAGGGACAGGUGGAGCUGUUGCAAGCGCAGAUGUCGUCGUCUGGUUCAGCUGCUGACAAGGCGGCGGCGGCGAAGGGCGCGGCAGGGGCAGCGCGCGCAGCCGCGCUAGCAGCGGCGGCAGCGGUGGAGGAGCUGGUGAGUGGGUAUGCGGGUGCGGGCGAGCUUGCGCUGGUCGACGCGCAGCUGUCAGCCUCCGGCUCCGCCGGAUCAAAGGCGGCGGCGGCGAAGGGCGCGGCGGCGGCGGCGCGCACGGCAGCGCUUGCGGCGGCGGCAGCGCUGGAGGAGCUUGUGAGCGGGUACGCGGGUGCUGGGGAGCUGGCGUUGGUUGAUGCGCAGCUGCGGAGCGGCGGUGGUGGUGCGCCCAGCAGCAGCGGCACCAGCGACGGCGGGCCAGCGACGGCCCAGGCGGCGGCGGACGCGGCGCGCCGGGCUGCGGUGGCGGCCGUGGCGGCGGUGGAGGAGCUGGUGAACGGCUACGUCACGCCAGGGGAGCUGGAGCUGCUAGACGCGCAGCUGGGCGGCGGUGGUGGUGGUGGUGGCAAGGCGGCCUCGGCCAGGGCGGCGGCGGAGGCAGCCAAGGCGGCGGCGCUUGCCUCCGCCGCUGCCGUGGAGGACCUUGUGAGCUCCGCCUACACGGGCUCAGGGCAGCUAGCGCUGCUGGAGGCGGAGAUGGAGGUGGCGGCGGCGUCAGCCGCCGCCGCCGCCGCGGCUGGCGGCGGCUACGCGGCUGUGGGCGCCGACGUGGACGUCGUAACGCUGAUGACGGAGAUCGAGGCGGCCUCGCUGUGGCUGCUGAUGGCGCUGCCCGUGCCCAACGAGCUGCUGCCGGGGUACGGCACGUACGAGGCCAAUGUACGGCGGCUGGACGAGCUGGUGUACGACAUGGUGCGGCGGCGGCGGGAGGCGGGCGUGGCCGCCGGCGACAAGGACCUGUUGGCCUUCCUGCUGCGGGCCCAGCAGCAGCAGCAGCAGCAGCAGGAGGGCGGCGGCGGCAGUAGCAGCAGCACGGCGGCGCCGGUGGCGGAGCUGAACGACAAGCUCAUCCGGGAUGAGCUGGUGACCAUGCUGCUGGGCGGCACCGACACCUCGGCGCUCACAGUCGCCUUCGCGGCCUGGCACCUGGCGGCGGAGCCGCAGCUGCAGGCAGAGCUGCGCCGAGAGGUGCUUGGUGUGCUGGGCGGCCGCGCGCUGGGCGAGCUGCGGGCGGAGGACGUGAAGGCGAUGCCGCUGCUGGCGGCGGUGGUAAACGAGACGCUGCGGCUGCACCCGCCGCUGGCCGAGAUCACCCGCGUCGCCACACAGGACGAGGUGGUGGGCGGCCACUGUGUGCCCAGUGGCUCCACCGUGGUCGCCUGCCUGUACAGCAUGCAGCGCCACCCGGGCAUCUGGCCGCGGCCCGAGGACUGGCUGCCCGCGCGCUGGCUGCCCGCGGCGGCGGCAGGCGGCCGGGCGGAGGAGCUGGGGCCCAAGCAGCCCAACGCCUUCCUGCCGUUCGGCGUGGGCUCGCGCAGCUGCAUCGGCCGCCACUUCGGGCUGCUCAGCACGCAGCUGACGCUGGCGGCGCUGGUGGCUCGCUUCGAGGUGCUGCCGCCCGCGCCGCCCGCGCCCACCGCCCUGGACUGGAGCCAGUCCAUCGUCAUCACCUCCCGCAGCGGCGUGUGGCUGCGGCUGAGGCCGAUCAGGCAGUAGCAGUGGCAGCAGAAAGCGGGGGCAGUGGUAGCGGUAGCGGGGGCGAUGAUGGCAGUAGCAGAUGCGGGGGUCUCGGGAUGUUAUUGCACCGCUGCACUGACGGUACCAGGGUGCGGCGGAGGGUAGAUGCCAAGACUGCUUGACCCCCACCACGGCAGGUGUGCCUUAGCCUAUCAACUCCGGUCGACAACUGCGCGUGACAAAUGUCCAUGUGUAGCAGACUGUAUAAGUACAACUCACGAUGCAAGGGCAUUCGUGCAUUUGGUUCGUGUUCGUGCUGUGGCUGGAGAUAGUUCGCUGCCCCACGCGCCUGGCAAAAAAGCCCCACGAAACCAGUCGAGUCGCCCGGCGACGGCGUUGUUGCUGGAUGGCUGCGUAAUGUGCUGUGGCAGCACAUAGCUUGCUGCCUCACGGCCCUCACCCGCCCGGCGGCAUGUGGUGUGGUGUAUGUAAAGCUCGGAAACA